CAGCAAGGGGGCAGUUCAGCCGAGCCCAGCAGCUCUCUCAGCAAGGCCCGGUUCCUGACCGGGAGAGCGGGGAUUGUUUCCAGCCUCAAAUGCCUCGCUGUCUUGGGUGACAGCGGAAGCCCUCGGCGGGAUUUCUCGCCGGCUACUGCGGAGCGAGGCCCGAGGACCGAGAGCCGAGGAAGCGAGCAGCCCGCUCUCGGAAGCAAGAUGAAAGCGGCUGGGCGGGGAUACCUCUCUCCCAAUGGCUGGUGGCACCCAGCAAACAGCAGCACCUGGAUCUUUUUUUACUGGGGGCUCACUGAAUAAGGUCCUGUGGUUAAGGACUCUUCCAUAUGGUUCCAAGAUCUUUGAAAGCUCUGUCCACAUUGGAGUAAAGAGAGCAAGGAAGAAAAGGAAAGGGGGGAAAAAGCCAGUAAGUGACAUAAUGUUCCGAAAAAAGAAAAAGAAACGUCCAGAAAUCUCUGCUCCACAGAACUUCCAGCACCGUGUCCACACAUCCUUUGACCCCAAGGAAGGCAAGUUUGUGGGCCUCCCUCCACAAUGGCAGAACAUCCUGGAUACCCUGCGGAGACCCAAACCUGUGGUAGACCCUUCACGUAUCACCCGGGUCCAGCUCCAGCCCAUGAAGACGGUGGUCCGGGGCAGCACCAUUGAAGUGGAGGGCUACAUUUCUGGGCUGCUCAAUGAUAUUCAGAAGCUUUCUGUCAUCAGCUCCAACACCCUUCGGGGUCGGAGCCCCACCAGCAGAAGGAGAGCCCAGUCACUGGGGCUCUUGGGGGAUGAACGAUGGGGCCCAGACACAGACAUGUACCUUCAAAAUCCCCAGCCUGAGGGGGCUGACCCUUAUGGUAUCUACCUCAACUGCAAUGGGGGAACCAAAGCAGGCCGGAGAGAGAUGAUGUGGCCAGAAUACCAAGCUGACCAGGCCCAGCCUAAUGGGCUGGUGAUGAAAACCCAAUCCCUGGGGCCCACAGAGUUCCAAGGAGCUGCUCAGCGAUGCUUACAGCUUACUUCUUGCCUGCCCAGUUCAUCCUUAGGGACCUCCCCUGCUGCCUCAAGCAGAGGUGGCAAGGUUGGGAGGCAGAAUUCAGAGGACCGAAGACCCCAGUCUUGCCUGGUGGGCCCAGCUGGGGUCAGGCCCAUUGGGGAGGGCAGCCCCAGCCCCAAGACUCAAGAAAGCGGCUUGAAGAAUAAGCUUUUCCGUAGCAUGUUUAUUACUGAUGGCAACAGCAAGCCAGUCCCAGCUGCAAAGAGCAAGCCCAUUCCCCUCUUUCGAUCGACACCGAAAGACUCUCCCCCAAGCCUUCCGGCCAAGGCACAGUCUUUGAUCUCAGAGCAGUCCGUGGGGGAUUUCAAUAACCUGAUCGUCUCUGAAACCAGCAGCCCCAAGAAGUCCCUACGGACAGUUCCAGCAGUGGCCCCGCCCCCUGGCCGCCCCUCCCCCGCCGGCUCCCCACGAACCCGGCACCCUCAAACCAGCGCCAGCAACCUGCACCUCCCCCAGGACCCCGCCGCCGCCAAGGCCCUCGUGCCCACUGGGGAGGAGCCGGGCGUCGUGACCCAUGAGCAGUUCAAGGCAGCCCUGAGAAUGGUGGUGGACCAAGGAGACCCCCGGUUGCUGCUGGAGAGCUACGUGAAGAUCGGGGAGGGCUCCACCGGCAUCGUCUGUCUGGCCCGGGAGAAGCACUCUGGGCGUCAGGUGGCCGUCAAGAUGAUGGACCUGAGGAAGCAGCAGCGCCGGGAGCUGCUCUUUAAUGAGGUGGUGAUCAUGAGGGAUUACCAGCAUGUCAACGUGGUGGAGUUGUACAAGAGCUACCUGGUGGGUGAAGAGCUGUGGGUGCUGAUGGAGUUUCUGCAGGGGGGUGCCCUUACUGACAUUGUGUCUCAAGUCAGGUUGAACGAGGAACAGAUUGCCACUGUGAGUGAAUCAGUUUUGCAAGCCCUCGCUUACCUUCACUCUCAGGGGGUCAUCCAUCGAGACAUCAAGAGUGACUCCAUACUCCUGACCCUCGAUGGAAGGGUGAAACUCUCAGACUUUGGAUUCUGUGCCCAGAUCAGCAAAGAUGUUCCCAAAAGGAAGUCCCUAGUUGGCACUCCCUACUGGAUGGCACCAGAGGUGAUCUCAAGGUCUCCCUACACAACUGAGGUGGAUAUCUGGUCUCUGGGCAUUAUGGUGAUUGAGAUGGUGGAUGGGGAGCCCCCAUACUUCAGUGACUCUCCAGUGCAAGCUAUGAAAAGGCUCCGGGACAGCCCCCCACCCAAACUGAAAAACUCUCACAAGGCCUCCCCAGUGCUUCGAGACUUCCUGGAGAGGAUGCUGAUUCGAGACCCCCUGGAUCGAGCUACUGCCCAGGAGCUGCUGGACCAUCCCUUCCUGCUGCAGACAGGGCUUCCCGAGUGUUUGGUGCCUCUGAUUCAGCUCUACCGAAAGCGCACCUCUACCUGCUGAGCCGACUAAAAGUGUCCAUCUGCCUCCUGGGGUUCUGCUGGCCUAGGGAUGCGGGAUAGAGGAAGCACCAGCAGCCUUCCAGGCAGGCUAGGAACAGUGCCUGCAUCAUCUCAGUAUUUUCUCCAAAGACUGAAUGUGAAAUGAUCCCCCACCCCCCCAGUCCCAUGUGCCAACUAGGACUUCUCCCCUUGGUUCCCCUCUCUCUCUCCCAAGAGAGACACUAGUUGCCUUUGGGAUUACUGAGACAACUCUAGGCAGGAUGACAUUUUGGGAAUUCUCCAAUACGCAUCCAAUUCUUUGUACAGAACUGUUUUCGAGGAACCCCGAAGACCAGAAUAGUCUUGUACAAGCCAAUUAUAACUCGGGGAUUUAAGAGCAUUGCAUCAAUACCAUGUGCUCUAGUCCACCAAACAUGAAUUCUAUGUGUCAAUGGGAGGAGCUCAGUUUUAUUACUCCCUUUUGUGCCCAACUUACUUGGGGAUAGAGGGUGAGGAAAGGCAUGGAGAUCCUACCUAAAUCUGUUUUCUGGUUCUGCAUACAUCCUCCCCUAUAAUCCGGGUGCUGCUCUGGCUUUGGGCCAGACAUAGAAUUGACCUUCAGCUAAAAACAAGCUAUUUUCACUGGGAAACUUUGUCUCAGGAGAGUAUGUCUUCUGGGACAAAGGGAUGACUCCCUCUAAGAGUUAGAGGAAGUAUUCAGGGAGCUUUUGGCUCUGGUUAGAUCCCAAAGCCAGGAUCAAUAAUGUCAGCCCAUCCUCAUUCCCAAAUAAUUUAGUUCCUAAGGGACUCAUUCAUCUUUGCCUCCCAUCCUCUAAGUCCAAACCAGGUCUCUGGCACAUCUGUAUUUAAGUCUAGUGGAGAUCUUUUGGGAUCCUUUCAGAAGUUUGUCCUAUUUCUGGAAGACCCUCAGGCUUCAGAAGCCCAGAGCCAGAAAUAGGCAGAAAGCAAUGGUCAGGUAACUGGAACUUAGUUUUACCUGUGAAUUUCACAAAUGGAACCCUUUUCCCCACUCCAUCAGAUACUCAAAUCACCAUGGUUCAAGGCCUUUAAGGUCUAGUUUCCUCACCUCAAGAAGAUCAUCAUAGGGGUGAGAUUCUCAGCAUAAUUUAUUUUCAUCUGCUUCCUUAGGCACUUCUAUUCAAUUUAACAAAUACUAAUGCAGUACUUCUAUGCCUAGCUCACAGUACAGGCAAGGAGCUCCCAACAUCAGAGCUGUUGAAGGCAGGGAUCUCAAAGAAACAGUUUUGUCGGAUUCCUUCCCCAACCAGAAGGGAUUUUCUGAUUCCAGUAUUUCCCCCAAACCUGCUUUUGAGCAAGAUGACAAAGUUUGUUUGUUUGUUUUUAAGGUCAGAAUUGGAAACUGAUCAUCCUUCCUAGAGAACUUUUUGUGAAUUGUUUGCACUUGUUUCCUGUUUUAAAUUAAAAUAGGUGUUCUUAAGUUCAAA